UUAUUUUAAAUCAUUUAAUCACUUUUUUAAUUGUUGUUUUGUCUCAUAAUUUGUUUGUUAGGUGAUUCAUCUACUGGUAGAAUGUCUGGAAGUGAAAAAUUAUCUUCUAUUGGAAUGGUUUCCUCGCCACCAGCAGCAGAAGUGAAUGGAUCUGUAAAGAGGGAAGAGAUUAUUGUUGUCAAUGAUUUACCUGGUUGUGAAUCUGGUUUACCUGUUGAAGAAGAUUGUGAAAAUGUUAUCACCAUGAUGGAUGUUCUUGAAGAAGAGAAACAAUUGGAAGAUGAUGCUUUCGCUGUUCUUGGUGGAUCAGAUGAGAAAGAUUGUACUUAUCUUCGUGGUUAUGUUACUCGUCAAGCUUUAUAUGCAUGUAAUACUUGUAGGUCAAAUUCUGGUGAACCAAAUGGUAUCUGUUUGGCUUGUUCGUAUGCUUGCCACGAAGGCCAUGAUCUUUACGAAUUGUAUACUAAACGUUCCUUCCGUUGUGAUUGUGGUAAUUCACGAAUGACUGGUGGAACCAAAUGUAAUCUUUGCCCAACCAAAAGCCCUUCUAAUCCUGACAACGUGUACAAUCAUAAUUUCUCGGGCUUGUAUUGUGUCUGUGACCGACCUUAUCCUGAUCCAGAAAAUGAUGAUCCAAUGUAUCAAUGUAUCGUUUGUGAAGAUUGGUUUCAUGAUGCUCACCUGGAAUCUGAAAUACCUGAGGAAAAAGGGUUCGCUGAAAUGGUUUGUAGCCAUUGUAUGGCUAAAUUAGAUUUCCUUUGGUAUUAUUUUAAAGAUACAUUCAGAGUUAAUGAAGAAUCAUCUCAAUUAAAUCAACAACAACCACAACCAAUGCCAUCCAGUUCACAAGAAGAUCAAAAAUCCGUUGAAUUUUUACCAAUCUCUUCUCAAUCUUCAUCCUCAUCCUCAUCUUCAUCUAACAUCUUACCAAGUUCAGCUUCAUUAUCUUCAUUAUCCACUCCAUCCUCCUCACAACCAUCCUCAUCCUCAUCAUCAUUUUCUUCAGCCCAAAAUUCAACCAAUGAAAAAGAAAAAAAAUCCAAUUCAUCUCUGGGUAACACCGAUAUUAGCAGUGAUUCUGGAAUUGAAAGCUCCUGUGAUUCUGUUGUCGCAGUAAAUUCCAAUGAAUGUAAACUUGAAUCUCUUAAAUCGAAAAUAUCAAUUGAUGGUCUUAAAGGAUCUUCUUUCUGGGAAGAGGGCUGGCGAUCUGCUCUCUGUAAAUGCCCACUUUGUUUGGCUAAAUAUUCAUCCCUUGGUUGUGGUUUUAUUUGCGACGAAAAGGACACUGUGUCUUUCUAUGAGAAACAGGGUAAAGAGAAAAGUAUCCAAAUAAGUCAAUAUGAGCGAGGUCUCAAUGAGAUCAAUAAAAUGGAUCGAGUUACCACCAUUGAAGCCAUCCAGCAAUGUAACUUUAUGGCCGAUGAAUUGAAAAAUUAUUUAAAAAAGUUUGUUGAUAAUAAUAAGGUGGUUCGACGAGAAGAUAUUGAUGAAUUUUUCGCUGGACUUGCAGCUCGUAAACGAGUUCGAAACGAUAAUUAUGGAUAUUAAUACAUGUAAAUCUAAGAAAUGCCAAAGAAAUUUUUACUCGAUUUAUUGGAAAACAAAGAGAGAGAAAAA